AUGGCUCUGUUUACCCCGCAAUCCCUUAUCCUUGGCCUGCGCCCUGCUUCCCCCCUCCCUCUGCCCUGCUUCCCCCCUCUGUUUGCCAUGCUUCCCCCUCCCUAUGCCCUGCUUCCCCCCUCCCUAUGCCCUGCUUCCCCCCUCCCUCCGCCAAGCUUCCCCCCUCCCUUCGCCCUUCUUCACCCCUCCCUCCGGCAGGCUUCCCCACUCCCUUUGCCCUGCUUCCCCCCUCCCUUUGCCCUGCUUCCCCCCUCCCUCUGCCCUGCUUCCCCCCUCCCUCUGCCCUACUUCCCCCCAUCCUGCUCCCUGCUUCCCCCCAUCCCGCUCCCUGCUUCCCCCCAUCCCCUUCCUUGCUUCCCCCCAUCCCCUUCCCUGCUUCCCCCCAUCCCCUUCCCUUCUCUACACGGUGCAUAG